AUGGCCCUUUACAAUUCUUGUGCAAGAAUCUCAUUCUCAUUUGAUCUCAUUGAUCAUCAACAACAACAACUACCAACCAUGGUAGAUAACACUUAUAGAGAAGCCCCCGUGUCCUCAAAUUUUGACUUUUUCGACCUUUCGGCCAAUCAUAAUGACACCACAAUGAUUUCUGCAGACGAGCUUUUCUUCAAUGGCAGGAUUGUGCCAUUGGAGGAAAGGCUCCCCAAAAUGGGCACCACUCUUAGGGACGAGCUUAUUGCGAAUGAAGAUGAACAUGAAGAUAAUAAUUAUGUGCACGCGAGGAUAGAUAAUAAAGGAUGGAAGCAACGUUUCGGGCUAAAGAGGUUGAAUGGUCGUGUGGUGUCCAAAAAAGGUGGAAAGAGUGCGAAUAUUGUUGGAGAUUUGGGGAGUAUAGAUGAGAUGGCUUGUUGA